CUUACAUUCUCUGCUCCUAUAUUCGCUGCCUUUUCCGCAAAUUCUAUUCCGACUACUUAUUCCUUUCCCACACCAUCAACAUGAUCGAACAGUCCAAGGAACUGAGCCGAAUUCAUCCUUUUGGAAAUUCUCAGAACCCACAAUUUGAUUUUAAAAAGGCUUAAUUUCUCUAGUGGAGAAGCCAACAGGGGAGAAAAAAAGAAGCUUUAAGCAUUUGUAAAAUGACUACACGGAUGAUACCCCAACCUCAAGCUCCAUCUUCUUCCUCCAACCACCAAUUCGACAUGGCUUCUCACAACAACAGUCCUUACCUCUCCAUUUCACCAGUUCCUCCAUCCGGCAGGAGGGUUAGUAUAUGUGAUGCCUUGAGCCGAUGUGGGAAAAAGAUCGAAGACCUUGCUGACAACUUUUGGAACCACCUGAAGGUGAGUCCUAGUAUCACUGAAGCUGCAGUGGCAAGGCUUGCUCAAGGGACAAAGCUGCUUGCAGAAGGAGGCCAUGAUAGGUUGUUCCAGCAGACAUUUCAGAUCUUGCCUGGGGAAAAGCUCUUACAUUCAUAUGUUUGCUAUCUAUCGACGUCCUCCGGACCGGUGAUCGGUACUCUUUACAUAUCCACUAAAAGAGUUGCUUUUUGUAGUGAUUAUCCCCUCUGUUACUAUGAUUCACCAGGGUACCAGCAGUGGAUGUAUUAUAAGGUGGUGAUCGAGCUCGAUAAGUUGGCAGCGGUUAAUCCUUCAGCAAACAGAUUGAAGCCAUCUGAAAAGUAUAUUCAUAUGAUCACCAGAGAUGGAUAUGAAUUUUGGUUCUUGGGGUUUAUAUCAUAUGACAAGGCACUCAAGUCUUUGACUGAAGCUUUGCAGCCCAGUCGACAUGCGUUGCGACUGUUCUAAGGAAAUCAGUCGGGUAUUGUUAGUAUAGAGAAAUGACUAUCAGGCCAUUGGAAAUUGCUGAAAUGAUUUGAGGGUCUGUUUGGACACUGCGGUAAUUUGUGUUUGUGUUAUUGAUAUGCUGUAAUAGAUUGGUUUGCAGGAGUAAUGGAAUGUAAUAUAUUGAAUGUGUUGAA